AUGAAACUAUUUACUGUAAUUAUUGUUUUAGUCUCGAUCAAUUUAGUUAAUGCAUUAUCGUUCAACGGCUCGGAUAUUUUAGCGAAUGACAAUCAUGGAGGAAAAAAUAUGAGCAACAACUCAAACCCUCAUGUUGAUUUCUAUUCCAUUAAAGCUAGUGGUAUUAGGGCAACAUUCAUGCCUUACGGUGCUAGGUUAACACAUUUAUUAGUAAAAGAUAGAGAUGGUAACCCACAGGAUGUAGUUGUGGGGUAUGACAAAGGAGACGCAUAUAUCAAUGAUACUGAUACGGUUCAUUCUUACUUUGGUGCAGUUGUAGGACGAUACGCAAAUCGUAUCAAGAAAGGUACGUUUGAAAUUGACGAUGAAACAUACCAUGUUCCUAGGAAUGAAAAUAACGGAACUAACACGCUUCAUGGUGGAACUGUUGGAUAUGAUCAACGCAACUGGACUGUUACAUCAUAUAAUGAAUCUAGCAUUACAUUUAUGCUUGAAGAUAAUGGAUAUGAAGGCUUCCCAGGUAGCGUUAUCACUUAUGCGACUUAUGCAGUGAAGACUAGAGACAGGCGGCCAAUAUUGACUACUAGGCUAGUGAGCAUUCCUUUGGAUGGUGCUACCCCAAUUCUGCUUUCGAACCACAUAUACUGGAGUUUAAACGCUUUUACCGAUGCUCGAAAUCCUACAGUUUUAAAUGAUACUUUGUCGCUUCCAUAUUCAAACAGAUACAUUGAAACCGAUAAAUUUUUGGUUCCGACGGGUGACAUUAACCUUGUUCAAGAUAAAGCUGGAACAGAUUUCAUUGAAGCCAUUGAAUUAGGAACUAACAUUAAGCAAGCAGUAGGGGGUUGUGGUCCAAAAUGCACUGGCCUCGAUACUGCAUUUAUUUUGGAUCGUCCAAGGUAUUCAGGUCCCGAGUCAACAGACUUGGUCCUUCUUACUUUACAAUCAAAUAAAACGGGGAUUAAAAUGGAGUUAAAAACAAACCAACAGUCUUUACAGAUAUACAGUUGCGACGGACAAGAUGGUACAAUUCCAGUCAAGAAAAGCCAACAACAUGGAAAUGAUACAACAUAUUUAGAACAGUAUGGAUGUGUUGUGAUUGAGCCACAACAAUGGAUUGAUGGUAUUAAUAACCCACAAUGGGCACAGAAUGAAUUUCAAGUAUAUGGUGUUGACACCCAACCAGCAGUUAAUUUUGCUCUGUAUGAAUUCAGUUCUUUUGAAUAG